AUGGCUAUUAAUUUUAGUGAUCCAGCCUGUGGUUUCUACCACAGGGAAGUUGCGGCUUUUCUAAAUGAACAAAUAGCUAAACAUGGGUCUAGUAGAUGCUUCAAUAGGAUGCAGUUGUGUGAGUCCUGGGGCGAUUUGGAAAGGGAGCUACAGGACAUCGUGACUGACUCGACAAUGCCAAGAACGGUCAAGAAGUCUUGCGCCUGGAGUGCCCUGGCGCUGGCGGUGGGCUUGGCUGAGAGGAAGGAGAAGGAACACAGAGAAAAGGUAAAGAUGAUGCAGGAUCAAUUGGAUGAACAACGGCUGUUGAUUAACGCCUUGUUAGGGAUGAUACAAAAACAGAGGGUUAAACAUCAAACGGAAAAGGGUGUGGCUGAGUUCCAACUCCAGAAAGGAUUUAGAGACCUUAAUAGAGUAGAAGAAAAGCAAGAUGUUCUCCCAAGUAACUCUGUUAGUGAGGAAAGCACUGAGUAUAAAAAUCAGGAAGGGAAGAAAGAGGAGCAGGGGGAUGAUACACAUCCAUUAAAAAACGUGCUUGAUGGAGAUGGGGAAGGUACCUUGACCGAGACAGAGGCACUGAAGGAAUCAGGCCAAGACGCUGUUGCUGCUGCCGCUGCUACAGUUCCUUCUGUACAGAAAAACAAGGUUUCUGUAAAAGCAAAUAGAAAUGAGGCAGACAAUCCUUCUGACCCUGAAAUGCAGAAGGCUUGGUCUCAGACUCGUCCACUGAAACCCCUUAGUUUGUCCUCUAACUCAGUCCAACCUCGGUUUGUUUCCCAUGUGGCGGCAGCAGAAGGAGAACAAACUCCCAUGGUUCCUCCUGUACUCUGUUCUCCAGCUAGAUGGAGAGGUAGGCAACGCCACUCCAGGAAGAUCCUUCCUGAGAAGUUCAAACAAAGGUCUAAUCCUUCCCAGUACAAAAAACGUGGCAUCGCUGGCAGAGCUGGGGAUUGGUAUUGUGAUGAGUGUAAUGUGAUGAAUUUCUCAUGGCGAAAUGUAUGUUUCAGAUGUAAGCAGUUCCAGACAACAAAGGCAAUUGAAGACUUUUUACACAGUUGGAGAUAUCGGUGA